AUUCUUGGUGCAGAGAGUGUGAGAAGACAGUUCUCUUUGCUUUUGUGGGCGGGUCCCUAGUGGCCUCCCAUUUCAAAGAUGGGAAACCCAACGCAGCCGUAAGCAGCAGGAUAGUGUAGUGGUUAAAGCUAGGGCUCUGGGGACAGACUGCUGCAUUGAGGCCCAGCUCCAUCGCAACUAAGCUGUGAGCCCUUGGGCAAGUUCCUUAAUCUCUGUGCCUCAAUUUCCCCAUUUGCAAAGUGGUUAUGGUAAUAAUACCUGCCUUGUAGGGUCCCCAUGGGGAUUAGAUGAGUCCACAUUAAAGUACUUAGAGCUCUGCAUGGCACAGAGCGGGCUCUGAGAAUGAUGGCCGCUGUCGUUAGUGAGUCUCAGAGGGCAGCGCUGGCAGCAUCGAUGAGCCCCCAGUCCUGCCCACUGUGAUUCCCCGGAAUUGUUAUUCCUGCCCCCUCCCCUCCCUUCUGGGCCAGUGGCUGUCCUAGUGGGUCUCAGGCAUUGAGCACUGACUGUAUGCAGGCACUGCUUAAAGCACUUUAUGUACGUUGACUCGCUUCAUCCCAUAGUAACCCAUGGGGGUUAUUAUUAUUGUCAUUUUAUAACAGCUUUAUUGAGAUGUAAUUCACACACCAUUCGGUUCCCCCAUUUAGGUGUAUAAUGCAGUGGAUUUUAGUCUGUUCACAGGGUUGUGCAACCAGCACCACAAUCUAUUUUAGGACUUUGUUUUUGCUGCUCACUCCUAGCCCCCUAUUCCCACCUGUAGCCCUGGGCACCCAUUAACUAUCAACCAUUUUGUCUCUAUGGAUUUGCCUAGUCUGGACAUUGCAUAUAAAUGGAAUCAUGUAACCUGUGGUCUGCGUCUGGCUUCUUUUACUUAGCAUAAUGUUUUCCGGGGUCACCCGUGUUGUAGUGUCUAGUGUCAUUCCUUUUAUGCAUGAAUAAUGCUCCAUUGUAUGGAUAUAUAUAUAUAUAUACACACACACACCACAUUUUGUUUAUCCAUGCAUCAGUUGAUGGGUAUUAGGGUUGUUUCCACUUUUUGGCUAUUAUGAAUAAUGUUGCUGUGACCAUUCCUAUACAAGUUUUGGUGUGGAUGUGUGUUUUCAUUUCUCUUGGGUAUGUACCUAGGAGUGGAAUUGCUGGGUCAUAUGGAAACACUUUGUUUACGGUUUUGAGGGACUGACAGGCUGUUUUGCGCCAUUUUACAUUCCCAACAAUAAGGUUAUUAUUUCAAGUACUUUUGUCCCCAUGUUGCAUAUGAGAAAAUGAGGCACAGGGAGGCUAGUAAAUUGUGCAAGGGUCCUGGGGCAGAGCGGCAGAAACGGUGCUCCAAGCUGAGGAGAGGCCUGGUGUCUGUCCUCUGGGGUCUGCUUUUCCAGGCCUUGGGGCUGCAGGCCUGUCCUUUGGGCCUUUUGAACCUAGUUCCUUGACUGACCGCAGAGUGGUGGUGGAGCUGGUGGUGGUGCAGUGACCCUUGUGUGUUCAUGGUGUGCUGGGCCCUGUGCCGGUUUCACCUCCGUUCACCUCAUCCCCUGCUUCCAGCGGCCCUGUGAGGUGAGGACACUCCUGCUCCAGGAGUACCCUGUGCGCCCAGCCUCGAUGACCUACGAUGACAUUCCGCACCUCUCAGCCAAGAUCAAGCCCAAGCAGCAGAAGGUAGAGCUUGAGAUGGCCAUCGACACCCUGAAUCCCAACUAUUGCCGCAGCAAAGGGGAGCAGAUUGCGCUGAACGUGGAUGGCGCCUGUGCCGACGAGACCAGCACGUAUUCCUCGAAGCUGAUGGACAAGCAGACGUUCGUCUCCUCCCAGACCACCAGUAACACAUCCCGUUACGCCGCUGCACUCUACAGGCAAGGUGAGCUCCACCUGACGCCUUUACAUGGCAUCCUGCAGCUGCGGCCCAGCUUCUCCUACCUGGAUAAGGCAGACGCCAAGCACCGAGAGAGGGAGGCGGCCAAUGAGGCAGGAGACUCUUCACAGGACGAAGCAGAAGAAGAUGUGAAGCAGAUCACGGUACGGUUCUCCCGGCCUGAGUCGGAGCAGGCCCGCCAGCGCCGUGUGCAGUCCUACGAGUUCCUGCAGAAGAAGCAUGCCGAAGAGCCCUGGGUCCACCUGCAUUACUAUGGCCUGAGGGACAGCCGCUCUGAGCACGAGCGCCAGUACCUGCUGUGCCAGGGCUGCAGCGGGGUCGAGAACACAGAGCUCGUCAAAUCACCCAGUGAGUACCUCAUGAUGCUGAUGCCACCCAGCCAGGAGGAGGAGAAAGACAAACCCGUGGCCCCCAGCAACAUCCUGUCCAUGGCACAGCUGCGCACCCUGCCCCUGGCUGACCAGAUCAAGAUCCUGAUGAAGAACGUGAAGGUCAUGCCUUUUGCCAACUUGAUGAGCCUCCUAGGCCCUUCCAUCGACUCUGUGGCUGUUCUGCGUGGCAUCCAGAAGGUGGCGAUGUUAGUCCAAGGAAACUGGGUGGUGAAGAGUGACAUUCUGUACCCCAAGGACUCCUCCAGCCCUCACAGUGGCGUGCCUGCCGAGGUGCUCUGCAGGGGCCGAGACUUUGUCAUGUGGAAGUUCACGCAGAGCCGGUGGGUGGUAAGGAAAGAGGUGGCAACGGUGACUAAACUCAGUGCAGAGGAUGUGAAGGACUUUCUGGAGCACAUGGCCGUAGUGAAGAUCAACAAAGGCUGGGAGUUCAUACUGCCUUAUGAUGGGGAGUUCAUCAAGAAGCAUCCAGAUGUGGUCCAGCGGCAGCACAUGCUGUGGACGGGCAUCCAGGCCAAAUUAGAAAAAGUUUAUAAUCUUGUGAAGGAAACUAUGCCAAAGAAGCCAGAUGGACAAUCAGGGCCUGCUGGGCUGGUCUCUGGGGACCAGCGGGUCCAAGUAGCCAAGAGCAAGGCACAGCAGAACCAUGCACUGCUGGAAUGGGAGCUGCAGCGGAGGAAGGAGCAGAUCCGGGCGUCCUCAGUCCUGCCUGGUGUUCGGAUCAAGGAGGAGCCCAUGAGCGAGGAGGGAGAGGAAGAGGAAGAGCGGGAAGUGGGGGAAGACGAGGAGCCCAUGGACACCUCACCCAGUCGUGGCCUCCACAAUAGGCUUGCCAACGGGCUGCCUGCUGGGCGGGCAGCAGGCGGGGACAGCUUCAAUGGGCAUCCGCCCCCAGGCUGUGCCAACACCCCUGUGGCCCGGGAACUGAGGGCCUUCGUGGAGGCCACCUUUCAGAGACAGUUUGUGCUCACACUGAGCGAACUCAAGCGUCUCUUCAACCUGCACUUGGCCAGCCUGCCCCCUGGCCACAUGCUGUUCAGUGGCAUCUCAGACCGCAUGCUGCAGGACACGGUGCUGGCCGCCGGUUGCAAGCAGAUACUGGUGCCUUUUCCCCCACAGACUGCUGCUUCCCCGGAUGAGCAGAAGGUAUUCGCCCUCUGGGAGUCUGGAGACAUAAGUGAUCAGCAUCGACAGGUUUUGCUUGAAAUUUUUUCCAAAAAUUACCGGGUACGCCGGAACAUGAUCCAGUCUCGGUUGACUCAAGAGUGUGGAGAAGAUCUAAGUAAACAGGAGGUGGAUAAAGUGCUAAAGGACUGCUGUGUAAGCUAUGGUGGCAUGUGGUAUCUUAAAGGGACGGUGCAGUCUUGACAAUAGUUGCAAACCACUAACCCAACAGAUCCAAGCCCAAGGAAAGAAGGCAGAGCCAGCAGAGGUGGAAGUAGAUUCUCGAUUGCUUCAGAAGACGUGGAGCAAGAGGAACUGACCAUCUUGUGGCCUGGGGCGUUGCACUGUCCAGUGGACAGAGGGGAUCAUACUCAGCCAGUGGCAGGGUCAGCUUAAGUUAAAUCGCUCUCAGAAGAGACCAGCUGGGACCUUCUUUCAGUACGAUUUGAAAUUCCUCAUGUAUUUUGCUUAUUAUUUGGUUUCAUUCUCAUAAUAAAGAGAGUGUAUACUGACACGGGCAGGAUGAUGAAAAUCAUGGUUUAAUAUUUUACUUUUCAAACUUAAUGCCAACAAGGUCUAAGUUAUGUUUACAAGAUGAAGAAAACUUCAAGGUUUUUAAUAUUCAAAAUGCCUAGAAGCCAAUAUUUAGUCUUCAAUUAUCUAUAUGCUAAGACUUUUGCCAAUUUCAUUAAACCAAACUGAAUUGUUUUACCGUUGGGUUUCUGUGGCCGUUUUACCUUUUAAAACAACCUACUUUAUGUAGCAGUCUCAACCGUUUACGUGAAACCAUAGCAAAAAAUCAGAGUCGAAAUAAGUCCAUCUAUUAAUGUUUGCAUAAGGCUGCAAACAAAACCAGGUAAGUAUGGAAAAAUGUAAGUGAGGUUAUCACACUUUGAUGUAAAAAAAUUUAUAUUUUAUGUAUUUUUAAAAUAAAUGCUAAGACUAACCUGG